AUGUUUUUGUUGAUUGGUUUUGUUCAUUGCAGAUUUAAGGACGACCUUACGUUAAACUUGAGUCAUGGACAAGUAGUAACUCAGUCGUUCGUCCCAGCUCACAAAAAUUCCAUAAAAAGCUUUUCUUUUAAUUAUUCAGAUGGUAUUUAUUAUCAUACUGCAAUAAAGAUCGAAGGAACUUCAUUAGAAGGUAGCAUAACAUAUAUGACUACAAAUAAUUUAGAAAAAACAAUUAAAUUUAAAGAUCACAAAACAUAUAUUGGAGAAAAUCAUAAAAUAACAUCAUUAACCAUCAAUACUUCAAAUAAUAUGCAAAGGCCAAUUAGUAUUACAGUUGUUGCAUUUAUUUCCAAUUCUGAUAAUAUGGAAACAAUAUUUUCAACGCAUUCAAAUGAUAUGUAUCCAUUAAGAAAUACAAAAACCAAAGAUGGCAUCAUCAACUAUGUAAAUUUCGAUACAUCAAACAUGAAAAUCAAAUUCCGUCCAAAAUAUCAGCCUUUCGGAUCAGUUUCAUAUAUAACUAAAGAUUCCAAGUCAAUCAAUACUGAACUUUCAAAUAAUACAGAGAUUUAA